AGGCGGUGGAGUGAGACCUCCUCUCUGUGUGCCCGGGGCAGGGCUGCGCUCUGCAGGCUCCUGCCGGCCGGGCAGCUGGCCUCGUGGGCCCAAGGAGGAAAGGUAGUUUGCAGACUAGAAAGGUCUGAGCUGUUGCCUGCCACUGUAUAUGUUGCCUGUAGGAAAUUAGAUCCCAGGUAACUCGGAGCUGUCUGUUAGAAGCCUUACAGGGUUAAUGGCAGCCUUCCUUCUCUGUGGCCUGCAGGCACUGUCUUUAUUGUGGAGUGGGGAGAAGCUAGGGCCGUAUCCAUACAACAGUGGAGGAGGCUGCCACCUGGUGAUGAAACAGUAAGAUUGUCAUGUUAUUUGAAGAGGAUCAAUACAGCUGAUUUAUUCAGACCUGUAUGGACAGCCAACAAGACACUGCCUUGACUGGGUGUGUGGAGGUGGAGGUUUGCACAGGUGCGGAGUGGGUUCCUGCUGUGACAGAGAAUGCCUGUUAAAUAGUUGCCACCACACAACUGUGGUUGAGCAUAACAGUGUCACUGACUGCAAGCCCCCGGCACACCUGAGACAUGGGGGAAAUGAGAUGAAUUUCAAGGUUGUUAUUGUCACUGGAAAAACGUGAGCUGCUGGAGGAACUUGGCCCAGUGUUGGCCUCCCUUCCACUGCAGGACUGACCACCACCUUCCCCACUGCCCAGAAAAUAUGGCCGAAUGAAGACUAAGGAUGUGCUAUGGAGCCUGGAUUCAACUGCUCUGACCUGUGUGACAGCUACUCCAGUUGGAACAGCCAGGCGCGGAGGCAGAGGACCCUGCAGGAUCUCUGCACGAUAACGAUUACGGCCUACGACAGCAGCAGUAAGACCUUCCCCUCCUCCUCGGCUGCCCUCCUGGGAGUUGUGUGGACUUUCCUCACCGGUGGAGUCCUGCUGGCUCUUUUCUUUCUUGUCUUCACAAUUCACUUCAGGAAGAACAGAAUUGUGAAGAUGUCCAGCCCCAAUCUGAACAUUGUGACACUGCUGGGCAGUGGCUUGACUUACGCUAGCGCUUACCUCUUUGGGAUUCCGGAGCAAAGUUUGUUUUCUGGAGCCUCAAUGGAAAUGCUCAUUCAGGUGAGGCUCUGCUUGCUGUGUGUUGGGAGCUCCCUGGUCUUCGGGCCCAUCCUAGGCAAAAGCUGGCGGUUGUACAAAGUGUUCACACAGCGCGGUCCAGAAAAGAGGGUGAUUAUCAAAGACCUCCAGCUGCUGGUGGUGGUGGUGGUGCUGGUGCUGGCAGAUGCCAUGCUGCUCACAACAUGGAUUGUCUCUGAUCCAGUUCAGUGUUUCCAAAGCUUCAGUGCAUCCCUGAGGGUGACUGACAAGGGCAUGACCUGUUCGGUGGGUAGGAUGCAGUUCUGCGCGUCUCUCUACUCCGAACUUUGGCUCAUUCUCAUUUUAGGGUUUAAGAGCAUCCUGUUGAUAUAUGGGACGUACCUGGCUGGUCUGACAGAUAAUGUCAGUGCUCCACCAGUGAAUCAGUCCUUGAUCCUCAUUGUUGGGGUCAACCUCAUUUUCCUUGCUGCUGGGACAGUUUUUUUAGUUAACUGGUUUUUCUACACUUGGCACAACCUGGUCUUUGGUUUUACAUCUGGAGGCAUCUUCAUCUGUACGACCACAAUCAAUUGCUUCAUCUUUGUUCCACAGCUCAGGCAGUGGAAAGCCUUUGAGGAAGAACAGAACCAAACCAUUAGCCACAUGGCAAAAUAUUUUUCCAGCCCCAGCAAGAGCUUCCACUCCAUGUACAGUGAAGAGCAGAUCUGCCAGCUGAUAGGGGAGAAGAACUCCAUGCAACGGCUGCUUACUGAGAAAAAUGCUGUGAUCGAAAGCCUCCAGGAGCAAGUGAACAAUGCUAAGGAGAAGCUGAUGAGGCUGAUGUCUGCAGAGUGCAGCUAUGAUUUGAUGGGCCUCGCUGUUCCUUCCACAUCCUUCUCCAUCUUGCCUCAGAACACAGGUAGCCAUGUUGAGUCCAGUGGCUGUGCCAUGGAAGCUGAAGGGCUGCAUGGAGACAAUUUUCCUCCUGGUCAAGAGCAGAACCCUUGGCACUGUCCCAGUCUCCCAGAUACACAGUGCAGUCCAAUGUCUGUUGGCAAACAAGUUUGUGUUGGUAUCAUCCAGAACCAUAAACAUAUAAAGCACCAAAACACUUCAUCAGAAGAUCUUAGUUGCUAUGAAGCACUGUUUUGUAACCCUAUGGACAUCUCCAAAUACAGCUCUAAGGAUGUCCAAGAGCAAUGGAGGCCUCCAAACAACAAGAAAUGUAUCGACAAUCCACCAAUACCAUUGAGCCAGAAUCUCUCAGCAGUUGAUGGGAGAGCAGAGCAACCAGAGAGCUCAGCAGCAACCAAAGAGCAGCCCUCAAAGGUCAGUGAAAAGUUGCAGGAAAUCUUGCAAGAGCUGAGCAUUGGCGGCAUAGUUAGUGCCCAGGCAUCACCCAGGGGGCCUAGGCAACCCAGCCACAAUGCAGAACAUGAAAAGAGUGCAGCCUGGAGAUCCUGGGAGAGUUACACAGGCAUCUGCACUUACCUUAGUCCUUACAGGACAAGACGGCAAAGAAGAAGAAUCCCAGUCCAUCCACCUUCCACCUGCUUUCCUGCGUCCACGACCCCACAAGCGUGGAGUCUCACAAACAAGGCAGUCAGCAGGACACAGAGCAGACAGAGCACUUGGAGCCGUCAUGGAUUAACACAAACAUCUCUGGAUAAAGCAGGUGACACCAGUGAUGGAAGGUUCCUCUAUCAGCCAUCACCCUCCUCAUCAGUCAUCGACAAAAUGUGCAGCUUCCAGCUGAACCAUAGGAAGAACUGGCCUGACGAACAAAGCCAUGAAGGGAACGGCCAAGUUUCAAACAAACACCAAGGCUCUGCCCAAGUGAAGAACUACAAUGCUCUGCUGUAUCCCUCCAGUCCCCGCAGCCUCCAGCAGCAGCAGGGGGAUGCUGGGAGGGACCUGGAACAACCCCUUGUGCCCUCCCUGUGCCUUUAUCCAGACUCUGACUCCAGUAGCAGCUCGGAGGAGACGUUCAGCUGCUGCCACAGGCCUCACUGUGAAAUCUGCUUCCACAGCCCUGGGGACUCCAGUGACAGCUGCACCACUGACACAGACCCAGAGCCUGGCGGGUUCCUAGCCCACUGGGCAAAGCUUUAUGGCAGGCCUCAGCCCAUCGUGAACUUCAAAGAUGAUCUGAAACCCACGUUGGUGUAAAUGUAAAUGAAGACAUCCUAUUCCAGAGGCAUCCCCCCAGACAAGUUGUAUUUUAAACAGCAUGGAAGGAACGCACCAUCUGAGGGAAGUGGGUUGCUCAGAGACUUGGGAAUGGGAUAUAAAGGCCCAGAUUCACAAAGCUGCUUAAGUGCCUAGUUCCCAGUGAAAUUAAUGGGAGUUAGGUGCCCAAGUACCUUUGUGAAUCUGGGCCAAAGCCUUUACCUGUCUAGGAUGCUAAUUCAGAUCCAGUCUAGGUCAGGAGUGACUGACAAUCACAACCAUCUGAUAGCUGGUUAGUGGUAUUAUUGAAAUGAGUUGGCGGUUUUAGUCUAGUUGCUAUGGACAGCUGCCCACAUCACAUACAAACUCAUCACACUAAUUGGCCUUCUUGUCAGCACUCUGAACAGGGAGGUCAAGGAUUGAAUUGACCAGGCUGACUGUACUACCCUCCCAUCCUAGAGGGCUCCUUCUGGGUCGGAGGUGAUUUGCACAGCUGCGGAGCAGUGUAUGGGGAAGACUUGAAUAGCUUUGACCCAUGCUCUUCCUGCUCUGUACAGCACACAGCCAAACAGAGACCUUCAGUCCCCCAGGGCUGUCAAUGUGGAACCUUUCACCAACAUUGCAUUCAAUUCGAAUUUGUAAAAAAGAAAUGUGGAAUUAUUUUCACCUUGGCAUUCAGCCUUAAUGAGCUAGUCUCUCAACACAGCAAGAAUCUGGGGGUGGCAGAAAACACUAGACUUCCUAUUUUUGUUUUGUUGUCUCUGAGCAAGCUAAUGAAAUCCAAGGCUGACUUCUCCAGAUCUGACUUUGCAUUUCACUCAGUUUAAAUAUACAGCAGCAGGUAGAUACUGAGCAGAACUGAAGGGGGAAAGCAGAAAAAGCUUGACAGCACUGCAGACGAUUUUUUAAAAUUGGGUUUGUGUCCUUUUGUGCUUCUUUAUGGUGGACACAAUAGGUGAGAAAGGUUUGGAGUUUCUUAGUAUUUUCUGCUCAUGUUUACCUUAGAUAUAUCAGGAAUAUCAAAUCUGGUAUCCCUGCUUUUGCUGGAAGACUUCUUGGGGGAGACAACCUCAGAUAGUUAUUGCGAUCUGCCGCAUCUUUACAUAGGAGGAGAGGGGUGCUGAAAUUUUGGUUGAAUGGAGGUCUGUGUUAGACUAGGCAUUAACAAAAAUGAAACAGUUUAAAACAAUGUAAGUAAAAUCCCCUUUCAAUUACUCUCUGGCAAUGUCAGAAUUCUACUAGUGCUCUAGCCUUGGGGUUCUCAACCUUUUUCUUUAUGAGGCCGCCCCAGGAUACUAUAAAAACUCCACGGCCCACGUAUGCCACAAUAACUGGUUUUCUGCAUAUAAAAACCAGGGCCGGCAUUAGGGGGUAGCAACCAGGUCAACUGCCUGGGGCCCCAUGCUACAGGGCCCCCCAUGAAGCUACAUUACUCAGGCUUCGGCUUCAGCCCUAGGUGACGGGGCUCAGGGCCCUGGGCUUCAGCCCUACGUGGUUGGGCUUCAGCUUUCUACCCUAGGCCCCAGCUGGCUCCAGUCCAAUGUCUUUCUACCCUGGGCCCCAGUCUAAUGCUAGCCCUGCUUGGCAGCCCACCUGAAACCUGCUUGGAGCCCCCCCAGAGGGCUCCAGACCCUGGCUGAGAACCACUGCUCUAGGCCACAUAGAAUCUUCCAGGCUUGACAAGGCCUGGAUUUCUAAGGUAAAAACAAUAAAAAAUGUAUCUUCUGGAAAAAAAAUCCCACCUUUCAGCCCUGCUUUGUCCAUAAUAAAGACACAAACAAGAACACCAUCCCAAUUUUGUUUUCCUUCACUUGUCACCUCUAACAGUUAAAGAAAACCAGUUUCCUCUAGCUGUAUUCAUUCCCGAGCUGCUGUUUCCAUAGCUGUCUAAGCAAGUGUUUGGGGCUGCCCAGUGUGGCAGUUCUGUUGCUGAUUAAAUGCAUUGAAUAGGUGGAACCUACUGACACAAAGUAAUCACACAGCAUGGGCCAUCUAUACAGGUGCACAAGGUGGGGAAGGAACAAAAGACUUCUCUCAGUGCACCCCAGCACUGGGGCUGGCCACCAGCUCCCCUGGCAUAGGAGGCACCCUAAGGAGGUUGGGGGACACAGGAGAAAAAGAUAUAGCAAUAUGCACUCUCCCCAUUUGCUUGGGAGCUCCAGCAGGCAUUAAUGCAUAGGGCCUGGCAGUGCUUCCACAGGGGUGUGGUGCAGAGGUAAUUCAAAUCUGUGGACAAGCCCCAGCUGAGCUCUGCAUGGUGAACCAUAUCUCUUGGACUGAGGGGAAGAUGCUGGAGCCUGGUGCAUAGAAUAGAAUUUUGCUGAUGUUUUAUUUAUAGCCAUUAUUUUUGUGACAGGCUGCUUGGAGCUCAGCUCGCCCAGCUGGAAGUCACUCCAGCUCUGUCUCUUGUAAAGCUGGGAUCCCCUAAGGGACAAGUGCAGCCUGCAGAGACCUAAGCAGUGGCCUCUGGCUGAGCGUUCCCUGCAAGUGCAGGCAGUGCACACAUCUGAAGGACUCAAACAUACCAUGGCGGUUCCUCAGUUGAGGCGGAUGCUGCUACAAGGCUCAGCAGAUCUCAGGGGAUGCUCAUGGAUAUGCAAAUAUGGGGGUGCCCACAGAACUCGGGGCAAAUUGCCAGGGAGUUGCUUAGUGCUGUACAGUUGGGGCACCUCUGAGGCACUGGCAGGUCUGUGAGCGUCUUGUGGGUAUUUUACACCAGGCAAGACAGGGAACGUUAUUGGCAUAGAGCAAACAGCCCCGAGCCUUAAGCAGCUGGGCCUGGAAAAAGUAGCCGUAGUUCUGAGCUCUGACCAGGAGAGGCUGCUACUGCCCUGCUUCCCCUCCCAGCUCUCCAUCCCUUUGCUGGUGGCUCCACACAGGAGGGGGAGCUAGAGUGGGGCGGCAGCAGCUGCAUGCAUUCCACCCCCACCGCAGUGUAGCAAGUGUGUGACUUGCUUGGAGACUGAACUGUACUUCCGGGCCCCGGUCACCUGACCAAGGUCAGGGUUACAAAAGGUCAAUAGCCCUGUCAUGUGGGCGGGGUUGGUGUCUAGGAUGCCAUCCUGUGCAAUGGACAAGGCUGGCUGCAAGUGAAAAGGAAGCGAUAUAAAGCCUUUUAUUAUUAUGGGGUGUGUGUGCUGGGCACUGUACAAACACAUAGACAGAAAUAGUCCCUGCUCCAAAGAGCUUGCAAUCUAAGACUGUCCUCCUAGGAAGGAUAUGUCUCCUUGCUGUACUCUGAGCCAGCAGCAAAGAAUGUGACCACUGUCACAUGGAACUCAAAAGGCAGGGAUCACACAACAUCCCUGUUGCAGCUACAGCAAUGGUCGACAUUGAAACGUAUGAUUAGGGAAGCACUUGGUGUAUUUUUCGCUGUCUUUGUGAAAGUUAGCAGCUGACAACCAGGAGAAGAGCCGAGCCACGCCACGCCACUCUCUGCACUUCAGCAGCAAGUGCUCCAUGGACCACACUGUGAGACCCACUCUGUUACAACACAGCCUUUAAUUAUGUGAUCACGUUUGGCAAGAGCCCAGUCUCAUUCACUGCCCAGCAUUUGUCGUGUACAUUGAUCCAUCACCAAUAUCGAUGGAUUCACUUCAAAUCUAUAUAAUGGUAAUCGCAAUCAGAAUGGGGUGUGAAUGAAGGCACAGAGCAGCCUGUAUGACCCAUCUCAUUCAUUAUGUUGACUGCAUCAUUCAGUGCACGCACUCUGAUCUGUUACUAACAAAGUUAUUCAUUGGAAACAUCAGAAUGGCAUAUCGGAAGCAUCAGCUUGCCCUUCUGCCAGAGCCAUGUCAUUGGUACAAGUGUCUUAGCACCUGAUGUGCCUCGGGAGCAUCUUGGUGUCUCCAAUAGCUGAGAAAGUCUAUCAGUACCUACUACAACUAGAUUAGGAGGCUCAGGGGCACCUCACAGUGUCUUAGGCAGUCUGCAGGGAGGGAACAUGAACAAACAAAUGUUGCAGUAUCAUGGUAGCCUCUAAUACAUCAGGAUACAGUAACUUUAUCAUGCAGAGCAAAUAUAAAUAGCUGGGAAUCCUAUGAGGGGUAUUUGUCAGUUUUCAGGGAGAGUGCAAAACUACAUGCAUGAUCUAAAUCCAAUAAGCAAGGAAGACGCUUAAAACUAGAGAGCUAUAGGAAGUAAUGUGGGCUAACAGCUCUGUAUCUUGUAUUUGUAGCAGUGCUGGGCAGGGCCUUGAAUAGUGAGUUACACUAUAAAUGAUUACAAUACAUAAAAGCCCUUGUUAGAGCACAGCUAUUUUUUAACUGCUUACCCAAAUAAUAACGAUGCUGGAUAAAGACCGAUUUUCCUCUGACAGUUAAAUCUCUCUCUGUGGUAGAUUAUAAUGGUUGUAAAUAUCAGCUCUUGUUAGCCCCAUUACAAUAGUUUUCAUACCAAUAAUAGUACAUCAAGUACUCUCCUGCUUUAUAAUCCAGCCCCCAUGCUGCUCUGAUGGAGAGAGACAUUUCCCAGUUCUCAGAAUAUUUGAUAUCCGUGUGCUUCAGUAUAUCAGCUAUGCAGUCUUUCCUGUCCCUAUACACACUGCAUUAGCUGGUCAGCUACUGUGUCAUAGGAUAAAUCCUUUGGGUUAUAUUCUGGCCUGCAAUACAAAAGCACUGAGCUCUCAGUAACUUGUAUGACAGGUACAUGACUAUAUCUGAGGACAGAAUUUGGCCCUCAAAAUAAAAUAACAGAAAUAGGCCCUGGGGAAGAAAUGUGGCCUAUUGGUUAAAGGAAAGAACUGGGUGUCAAGAAUCUUGGCUUUGCUUACUGACUUGUGUAACCAUGGACAAAUCACAAACUUUCUGAACUUUAGUUACUGUCUCUGGAAAAUGGGGAUAAUAAUGAUUUCAAGCUUACUUAAUACACAUUUGAAAAGCACUUUGAGGUCCUCAGCUGGUGGAUGCUAAAGAUGUGCUGAACAUUAUAAGAGCAACAGCAUGAAAGGACAUGUUCCUACUCAUCCCAGACAACAGGCCUUGGGUCAUAAUUAAGAAACCAAAACAUCUGUUCAGGAAAUGAAUAAGCAACCAAAAGAGCAUGAAUUGGGGGAGAAAUUAAGGGGGAAAAAAGCUGAGAUGUCAGCUCUGGAGAUCACUGUCUUCUCUCCAGAGGGAUCCAAUACAAUUUAAUUUUUAGAUAAUGACCACUUACUCUGUGAGGGUCAGUUUCUAAUCAUCGGUUUCAAUGAAUGCAAACGUACUUCUUUGUGUGGUUGUAUUAUGUGUUUGUACACAUAGAGCUAGAAAAUGUCAGUUAUAAGGGUCACCUGACUUCUGGCUCAAAUUGGAAUGUAACCAUAGGCUAACUGACGAGCCAAGAGCCCUUCUCACAUUCAGAAAUGUAUCUGCUACUGUAAAUUUGGGAUCUCUAUCACACACCUAUGUGGCGAUUUUUGCAGACCCCAACAGCACUGAAACAACACCAAGAGCAAGCCAGAGAGGUCUGGAGAAGUAUUUCAAAAUCUCUGCCGAUGGGAACUUGACUCACUGUGCAAUCAGACUGCAAGUGGCCAUGGUCAUGGAAGUAAAACAGAUGCUUUUGUGCUGGAGCAGCAGCAUCCUGUUUAUUUAGUGGCACUAGGCAAGCUUCCUCAUAAUCCAGAAAGUCGACAGUCUUGCAGCAGCAAGGGGAAAGCUGUUUCACAGUGACCAAAACCUACCAUAGCUACUCGAAAUCCAGAAUUUUAAAAAGAAUUCAUAGGACUUAGAGAGUAGCUGCCAACCUCUGUGCACCUGAAACCUGGAUAACUGAGAUUUUGCCUCUCCUUUUACAGGAUUAUGGUAAAAUAAUUUCC